AUGGCUAGCACCGGAGAUCAACGAGAUGAAAGAUGCUCUAGACCCCCCACUGGGAAGUUCACUAGCUUCACCCCAUUAACCGGCCCGAUAGAUCAAGUCUUAAUGCAGAUCAAAGAUGAAGGAGCACUGACGUUCCCUGGAAAGCUAAAGGGAGAUCCCAACAAGAGGCCAAGGGACAAGUAUUGUCGCUUCCACCGUGACCACGGGCAUGACACAGCCAACUGCUACAAUCUAAAACAGCAGAUUGAGGCACUUAUUAGACAAGGGAAGCUACAGAGGUUCGUCAACAAGGAAAGAACCGAUUUGCCCCAGGAGCAAGCCCCACGACGGGAGAACGAGCGCCCUAGACCACCUAUAGGGGACAUAAGAAUGAUCGUAGGGGGCACAACCGUUAGCGGAUCUUCCAAAAAAGCCCGUAAAACCUACCUCAGAAUGGUUCAUAGCGUCCAACUUACAGGAUCCGUACCUAAAAUGCCACAUAUAGAUAACCCCGUCAUCGGAUUUUCAGAAGAUGAUUCUCGGAGACUUCAUCAUCCGUAUGACGACGCACUUGUGGUCAGUUUGCAAAUAGGAGAUUAUAACAUGCAUCGGGUCCUUGUCGACAAUGGCAGCUCAGCGGACAUCCUAUACUACCUGACAUUCCAGCAAAUGAGGAUUGAUAGGGAAUAG